UGGGUUCUUCUCGUUUUCUAAAAUUCGUGGCAUGGGUUUGAGGGCGGUGGAUGUAGAAAUGUGGAAUGUGGUUGUGGUGGUAUUGGCUUCAUGGGUUUUCUGUACUUCUGUGACAGCCUCCGUGUCUUAUGAUGCUAAGGCCAUUAAAAUUAAUGGGCAGAGAAGGAUCCUCAUUUCUGGGUCCAUUCACUGCCCCAGAAGCACUCCUGAGAUGUGGCCAAAUCUCAUUCGGAAGGCAAAAGAAGGAGGUUUGGAUGUCAUUCAGACUUAUGUUUUCUGGAAUGGCCACCAGCCUUCACCUGGCAAAUACAACUUUGAGGGAAACUAUGAUCUCGUGAAAUUUGUCAAGCUCGUGCAACAAGCAGGCCUCUACGUCCAUCUCAGAGUCGGGCCUUAUGUCUGCACUGAGUGGAAUUUCAGUGGGUUCCCUGUUUGGCUGAAAUACGUCCCUGGUAUUAGUUUCAGAACAGAUAAUGGACUAUUCAAGUAUUACGUGCAAAAGUUCACAACAAAGAUUGUCAACAUGAUGAAAGCAGAACGGCUGUUUGAGUCGCAGGGCGGAUCGAUAAUCUUGUCCCAGGUUUCGACAUUUGGACUUAACCACGUAAAUUUUUGGUGUUACUGUUAACUGACAUCACGAUGGACACCGUGGCCACAUCAAAUACACUGACCAAUGGGCAGAGAGGCGACGAGUGGUCGAAACAAAUGGGAUGAGAAUUUCGAUCCUAAUGAGCACGGUUAAAGCCAGGGGAGACAUGUUGGGAAGGCAAGCAUGGAGAGAGAUGGAACCGCACCUGGGGCGAACAGCAGCGGGGAGCAUUAGGAUACGCAUGUUCUGGAAGAAACGUGGUCUGAGAGAUUCCCACACUUCGGGUUUUAUUUCACUGUUAUGAUAACUCGGUCCAGGUUAGGGAAGUCCGCAAGCCACAUGAGAUGUCCUAAUCAAUUAUAAAUCCUCCCUAAGUGCCUUCUCAAUAGACUUUUCGGCGGCAGCUGAGAACUCUCAUGCACAUGGCCAACUUCCAGACAGCAAAAUAUGUGUAUUUGCCAACUCAAGAUCCUGUGUUUGAGCAUCACUGUAUUAAUAUAUUCAAUAAUUUUGUAGCAGCAAUAGUGCUACAGAUCCAGAUCGUAUUCCUAUACAUUGAUUUGAUGCACAAAGCAUUCAUUAUACCUACUAAACUGGGCUUUGUUUAGAUUGACCUUAACAAUUGUAUAUCUCGAAACCUCGGAGGUCAA